GUGACCCGGUCAAGAUUGACUGUGAAGGCAGGGGACAGGUUUGUCAUUGCUCUGUCCUGGAUAUAAAUCCGCUAGCCUUUAUAUAGUGAUGAUGAGAGGACACUGUUUACCCCUCUUUUACAGUGUCAGAAAGGGAAUUAUUGGCAGAUUGAUCAACUGUGUAUGAGGAGGAGCUAAGGCAUUUGUCACGGAAUGUUCCGUAGUGACAUCAAAUGGGGUCAGUUGGGACUACAACCAACUGACAUCUACAAUGUGACAGUUAAAGAGUGGUGCCUGCAGGCACAACUGAUUAGAUGAUCUGCCUGCAAUUCUGACAGCGCUGCAUGAAGCCUGGGGGGUGAGGGUGGGCUGUGGGACAUUUUUUUUUUUUUUUGCAUGCACACACUCAGUCACACACAGCUAUCUUGAGGUAUUUUACUGUAUCAGCAAAUGCAAACUCACACAUUGUUUAAGGCACACACACUGCCUCUUAUACACACUAAACUCACACACACACACACACACACACACACACACACACACACACACACACACACACACACACACACACACACACACACACACACACACACACACACACACACACACACACACACACACACACACACACACACACACACACACACACAAUUGUCCUUGCUUAGGCCACAAACUAUAGUUGCAUGCAUCAGUCAAAUAAAGACACACAUACACACUCUGCUACUCUGGCAUUUACUGCGUCAGUUAAAUGCACACACAGUCACUGAUUCAUUUCCCCUUGUCAGGCUUUAAUAAGUCGUUAGCAUAAAUUCAUACAUUAUACCCCGCCCAAGGUGGGGACAGGACGGUGUGAGAGGAUGCCCAUGAGGGAGACAGAGAGAGAGGUCACCACAGGAGUCAUGCUGUGACUAGAUGAUCUCUGUGAAAUAUGACCUCUGAAGGAAACAGAACCUGGGCAGGCCAUGCUUUUAUGUUCUGAAUAUAAUGUGCUGAAUCCAGUAAGGUUUUCCUUUGACUAAAAUUAAGCAAGGGUCAAAGGAAGGACUCCAAAGACUGUGUUUCUUGACUGUCAUGCACCCCCCUGUCCUGCUCUGUGACACCUUGGUGUUAUGAGGGUACUGUAAUUCAGCUCACAAUACUAAAACAACCUCUUCUACAUUAUCUGACAUAAUAUUGUCUCACAUUGUCAGUGUAGUGUUUAUCUCUCACAUUGUCAGUGUAGGGUUUAUCUCUCACAUUGUCAGUGUAGGGUUUAUCUCUCACAUUGUCACUGUAGGGUUUAUCUCUCACAUUGUCACUGUAGGGUUUAUCCUUCUAAAUUCUUUCAUGUUUGUUCUAACUUGUGGUAGACGAGAAAAGGUCCAUUAUUCAUGACUAUCUCCAAUUUGCUAUCAAGGCUUUAGACCUUUGCUUGUCCUCUAUUUCUGAUGCGUAUGGGCAGCUCUGGCAGUGUCCUUGAUUUGUACUUUGUUGGAAUCCAAUUGUUCUGCCCUGGUAAAGAUUCCUUUCACAGUGCCUUAUCAAAAUGAGACAUCCUAAUGUGCUCUUUACAGUAAACUAACCUUGACUUUCCCAUAGAUGUGAUGGUGGACACAAGCUCUCCUGGGUUUUCAGGCAACUGAGUCAGUUGGCCAGGUGAUGGGGAGACGGGCGGCUGACCUGACCACUCCUGUGCCAGUACUGGGAGUUCCUGCCCUGGUGGGGGUGCGUGGUUGGAGUACAGCAGGGGGGGAGAGGGCUGGAGGAGUGCUGCCACUGACAUGGGGUCCCCAGUGCAGCAUCGGAGUGCAGACUUCACCCGGCGUGAGAGCUCCACCCAUCCUGCACAGGACAAAACUAACAGGCACAUUCCCCAGUCAAUCAGAAAGAAGCAUUACUCCUACAUGCAAUGGCUACAUCCCAAAAGAGGCAAAGGAAGAGGACGGAAUCAGACGGACUAAGAGUGUCAGACAAAGAGGUGUUCUUUCAAAACAGAGGAGUUUAGAUUCCAAGACCAAAAAGGGUGUGACAUUUGAAGAGAUUUCCAGUGAGCUUACAGAGAAUGUGGUCUUCAACCAAUGGAAAAGUGGGACUUAUUGCUAUGCCCAAGCAAUCAAGACUAACCCACACCUAUUAGGGGGCGUGGGGAACGGCAAGAUCAAAGGGAGGCGGGACUUGCGUUACACAAAUGGCAGCAUCGUUGACUCGGAGGCUAUAGGAGGGAUUUGUAUUGACGGCAGUGAUGAGGCGGAGCCUGUCUCGACCAUGUCCUCUCGAGGAAGGGACCAAUCAAAACCUAAAGAACAUUCUGUGGCACAUUCAUAUUGUGGGAAUGCAAAACGACCACCUGCUCCCCCACCUCUCUGGAUGCUCCAGCAAAUGUGCAGACACUGUGGAGGGAGACAGACUGUGGUCCCUGGAGCUGGAGAUGGAGAUGCCAGUCUGGAAGUUAAGAGCCCUUCCUCUGCAUGCCCUGAAGGAACAACAGCCAUGAAAACACCUAUUUCACUCACAGACAGAAACCACCUUCUCCCUUCACAUUCUGAGAAAGAAAGGAACUCUACAUGCUCCAUUCCGAGGCUUGCAGACAGGGAUCUGUUACAAAGACAGCUGACACAAACAGAAUCUCAAUCCACCCACCCCCGCUGUAAACCCCCUAUUCACAACAAUAAAGACAGGAAGCCCAACCUGCCUGCAAACCCAGCGCCUGCAUGGAAAACCAAAGAUCUGAAACAGACUAAUGGUUAUACCUCACAUCAUACAUACCCCCUGCAUACCUCUAUCAGAGCCCCAGUAGAAACCCUAGUUACACCUUCACAUACACACUCAGACAAGCCAACCUGCCAAAGAACCAUCUUACACACAAAAUCUAUAACAGUCACUAAGGCAACUAUUGAACCCAGGUGUGCAGAUGCCAACACCUUUGAGACCCCAUCUCACUGGAGUAAGAUUCCUCGACCGAAAAUACUCAAAAUGUAUCCUCAGAUCGCAAUAGCCACCAGGGCAAACACGCCACGGACACACCGUAAACAUCCAAAGACACCCACACACCCAAAUACACAGCCCAACCCAUCAAACACAUCAUGUACAUCUACUCACCCGUAUCCUCCAAACACACCAUACAGAACCUUUCCUCCAAACCAUGUUAAUCCAUCCCAUGUUAUUAGAGCACCUAAGCCUGAAAACACAACAACACAGUCUAACACUGCUACAACAUUACAUAGAAGUGCAUCCCCUUACCCAGCUAACACACACACAGCUACAGCUCCCACCCCUGAAAGCACACCGACGACAACCACAACACUCCUAAACAGUGCUACUAAAACGAUACAUAGAACAACACUCUCUAGCCUCGCUAACACAUUACACAUAGCUACAACUCUAAAAGCAGCAAACACACCAUGCAAAGCCCCUCUCUCUUACCCUUACAACCCCUCACACACAACUACUCCCACAAGCUAUCAUAACCCCUCACACACAACUACACCCACAAGCUAUUAUAACCCCUCACACACAACUACUCCCACAAGCUAUUAUAACCCCUCACACACAACUACUCCCACAAGCUAUUAUAACCCCUCACACACAACUACUCCCACAAGCUAUUAUAACCCCUCACACACAACUACUCCCACAAGCUAUUAUAACCCCUCACACACAACUACUCCCACAAGCUAUUAUAACCCCUCACACACAAAUACACCCACAAGCUAUUAUAACCCCUCACACACAACUACUCCCACAAGCUAUUAUAACCCAUCACACACAACUACUCCCACAAGCUAUUAUAACCCAUCACACACAACUACUCCCACAAGCUAUUAUAACCCCUCACACACAACUACUCCCACAAGCUAUUAUAACCCCUCACACACAACUACUCCCACAAGCUAUUAUAACCCCUCACACACAACUACUCCCACAAGCUAUUAUAACCCCUCACACACAACUACUCCCACAAGCUAUUAUAACCCCUCACACACAACUACUCCCACAAGCUAUUAUAACCCCUCACACACAACUACUCCCACAAGCUAUUAUAACCCCUCACACACAAAUACACCCACAAAACAUUUGUUCCAUACCCUUAACCUGUCAAACACAUCACACACACCUAGUUCCCCUGAUGCAUCCCCCAUAACACCCCCUAACGUUGAUAACGCAUCACAUACAACUAUAUCCUCUCUCUCUUCAAAUGCCUUAUACACAGCUACGCAGCAUCAGUCCUCAUCCACGUCACUGACGAUCUGUAGACCACUGAUCAUGACACAGACACACAACAAUAAACCACCUGACCCAUCAAACAGAUCAACCACUAACACACAGAAUAACAGCACAUUUAGAAAUACACAUAUUGAACAAACCGCUGCCCUUCACACCAGCUCUCAUAACAGAUUUGAGGUUGAUCCAAUAAUGCAUGCAAAUGUAUAUGCCAAAGUAUUGUCUCUGUCUAGCAAAAGUAGACACUGUACUCCUGUCAUCGUAUCACAGACACAUCAGGAAAGACACUCUGGAAUAUUCAAUGCAUCACAGGUCACUAACCUUCCAAAACACAUCACUGAAAUAAAGAUAAACAAAGAAUGGGAACAGCAGGGACACAUUGUCACACAACAUCAGGGAGACCUUUUCACAAACCUAAAACCUGGAUCUGAGUGUCACAAAGAGCACAUUCCCUCCAGCGUGUUACAUACACAUGCAAAUACCACAUUUAGAUUCAGCCUUGACAGGCAGAUAUACACAAAUUAUGCUCCACCUUCCAGCACACCACAGACACAAACAGAUUCUAAGCCCCUCAUUGCAUCACAGACAAACACUACUGCACAUGUCAAACCCAUCCCCGAAACACCAACCCACAUAAACACAGACUUCCGUUCCACACCAACCCCACACAAACGCACAAGCCCCACACACCGACUCAUACCACAGGCCCGUCCUUACACAAUCACUGAGCUCCUCACACACAAAGCCAUAAACCCCAAGUACAACCCCCUUUUGCCACCAUCACGCAUGGCACACCUAGCAUCCUACACCCUCACCCAUCCCAAUCAGACACACCAGAUGAUUCAUCCAGUAUUUUUGUUGUCGAGUAUCAUCCCACAACCCUCCCGAGACGACCCUAGGCUGGCUCAUUCCCACCCGGCUGAUACAGACCUGCUGCUGCUGCCCCUCUCCCCACAGUGCAGCAGGCCAGCCCCUCUCCAGAGGAGGCUGCAGUGUGUGGAGGCCAGCCUGGCAGCCAACCAGGACAGGAUCACUACACUUCUCAACAUUAUCCAAGACCUUGAGAUGAGCCAUGCUCUCAACAAGGGUCUGCGAUGCUACAGGACAGGCCAGGACCUCCGGGAGUGCUCCACCUGUCAGAAGACUGCUUGUAUCGUAUAUAGUGUGGAGUAUGACUUCAGGCAGCAAGAGAGAUGUUUCUUGGAGGUUUUGUAUCCUCAGAGGGCUGACAACAACACUCCUCCCUCCCUGCCCCACAACAGCACCCUGCUGACGAACGCCAUCACUAAGACCAUGACCAAGUCCAAGGUUAAAAGCAAAAAGCUGUGCAAGAUGCUUUUCCAAUGGCUGCCUAGGAAAAUUCAGCGAACAAAGUCCUCCUUUCACCAACUCUCUCCAGAUCAUUUGAAUUCCUAGCAUGUUAUUCAUGAGGUAUUGAGGUAUCCCUGUAAUAUAAGAUCUGAUGGUGUGUUCAAGAGAACUGUGAACUCUGAAAAAUACAAUGUCAAAUCAAGACGUCAGUGAUCUUCAGGUCGGAAAGUCAGAGCUCUUGAAAGAGGCUGAGUUCCUGAGUCGGAAUUCUGAGUUAGAUGAACGUUCCAAACGAUUUUUCCCUGUUGGAGCAAGUUUUUCUGGGAGUUCCCAGUUGUCUUGAGCAUACUGAAGUCGGAAGUCAGAGAUUUCCAAGUUCCCAAUUAAUUUGAACUCGGCAUGAUGUCCCUAUCACAGCAAGUAGCACUUGUCAUUGUAGAAGACACCUACAUCCCUUCCUGUCCAUAUGAUGGGUGUUCUGAAAUCUGAUUUGCUCCUUAAUGGCUGGUUGACACCCUAUUGUCCAAUCAAGACAUAGCAUGAACAGGAAUUGCCCUUAGUAACUACAGACCUUUGCCCAGUCUAGCAAGUCUAUCAUAUGGAGAAAACUUCAUCCCUCAGGUUAAAAUCAUGAACUUUCAUCCAAAGCACAUGCACUAGUUGUUGAACUAGAUACGACAUUCAAAAGUUUGCUAGAUUGCAAUCACUAUUUUCAGAGCCUAUUGUAGAUGAUAGUCCAUAUUCUAUAGUAUUUUAUUGUAGCUAAGCAUCAAAUUAAGUGUUGCAGUCCUCUUACAGAUUCCCCUACCAGCUUAUCCCAGGGUCAAUGUAUAUACAUUGAAAUAAACCAAAGCCCACAGUACAUACUGUAAACAUUUUCUUUUCAUGUGUGAUUAAAAUUGCUUAUCGCUGA